CCUGCAAACUGAACAGGCCCCGAGCCAACGUUGUUUACAUUUAUUCUUUGUGAAUUUCGUCUGUAGACGGAUCAAUAUUUUCAGUUCUGAUUGGGUUUGUCCGAUUUCGUCACAUCGUGUGCCCGUUUCAAUCAGAGAUAGCUACCAGUGCGCCAUAUCUUGGUCGAACAAGGCCUGAUAUACCAAGGAAGAUGGAUGUCGCUGAAGAGGAAGGCAGCUCUGGUCCAUCCAGUCUUUCCUCAGAUCAAGCAUCACUGUGUGUGAUACCAGAUCCAGAUGAUUCUACUGAAGAGGAUGAUUUCGAAUAUCUUGACAAAAGCAGCCUUCCAGAGAGUCUGCAUGUGUCUGAGCAGGAUCGGGCUGUGAUUGUUUUCCACUCUGUGGAUGAAGAGUAUCGUGCUGAUCGGAGUAUUGUCUGUGAAUACAUUCGUCCUGACAAAUGGCAAGAGAGCUGGAAGGAUGCCAUCUACCUCUUCAAAGUGGGAUGGGUGACACAUCGUGACUUCAUUUGUGCAGUUCCUGUACCAGAGCCAAACAAUGAUCCAAUCGGACGUGUGCUACUCGCAGAACAUCUCUUACCAAAGGACACAACCAAUCUCUACCAAUUUUGUUAUUUGCGUGAUUUCACUGUCCUUGGAGCAAGCACUCCAUUCCAGUUCACACUUCCUGAUGUGAAACGAUGUGAAAUUGAAAGCAAGAAAAGUGUUCCACAAGCUGGAGCCAAUGAGGUGGAAAACAACCAAGCACAAAACUUAUCUUGCAGUUGCAGAACAAGCUUUUCAGAAAGUGACAGUGAUAAAGUAAGGGUUGAACCUGCCCAGAUCUUUCCUGAAGGGAAGGCUGAUGUUUCUCCACAGGGUUGUGAUAAUAUCUCCCUGAAGAGUGAUGCGUGCUCUAGCGAUGACUUUAUCAAAGCGCCUACCAAGAAAAAAUUCUACGUGUCUUACUGGGACAAAAGCAUCAAAGAGUAUGAUGAUAGUGAUUCCUUUUGCACUUCCCGUGAUCCACCCAAGGACUCUACCUGCCAAGAUAAGGAUAUUAUUCAGCUCCAAUUGAAAGAAGAGUCUUCACAUUACAAACAACGUUUUGAAGAGGCUCUUGAAGAAAAGAAAUGGCUUCAGGAACAGUACAACUCACUACUGAUUACUGUAAAGAAGUACGCUGAAGAUUUGGCCUCAGUACGCUCAGAGAAAGAGUCACUUGAUGGGCGUAAUGCUGAGUUGACCAUCAGCCAUAAAAUGCUCUGUUCUGAAAAUUCCCGCCUGAAUAAUGAACUGGAGACCAUGAAACAUCUCCUUCAGGAACAAACUAAGAAAGAUAUGUUGCUGCCAGAUAUUAAGGCACUGCAGGAGCAGCUUGGUGCUGCUUCUCGCACAAAUGGCUACUUGACUGAGGAAGUGGUUCAUCUUCAAACACAAAUUAAGCUUCAAAGUGAGAGAGAACCGGCGCAACAACAAUGUUACUGUGAAAAGUACAUGAGAAAUAAUGGUACAUCAUCAGACUAUGAAGUUAUCAGGAAGACCCUAGAGGCUGAACUGCAGGAAGAACUUAAAUUAUCGGCGGAACGGGAAAAAUAUGUUGCUCAACUUGAGAAAACAAAGUUAAGCAACCUUGAGAACAAUUUUACCCACCUUUCUGGACUUCAAAAUACAACCGGGAAUACUGACAAAAUACGAGAAAUGGAAGACAAUAUGAACAGCACAUUGGAAGCCCUUGAAUGUUGUAUGAAGGAAAUGGAGGUCCUUCGUUCCCGUAAAGCAGCCAUCAACCGAACUAAUCGCACCCUCCGAGAGGAAUACAUGAAAAAGCAAGAGUACUGGAAGGAAAGAGAGCGAAAGCAAAAAUCUGAAUGUGAUGCUCGAUUCAAUGAACUCCAAGAACAACUUGAAGAUGAAAGGUCCUCCAAACAUGCUAUGCAGAAGGAAUUAGAUGCUUUAAAGGAAAAGCUAAAUCAUCAAGUUGCCUUAGCAGUUUCUCAGUCAUGGAACCAACAUAAAAAUGCUGCUGGGGCCUUGGAGGAAGCUCAGAGAAAAAUUGAAUCUUUGCGUAUGGAGAGAACCGAUUUGGACAGAGAGUGUAUGUUACUGAGGGAGAAAAUGGAAAAGGACGUUAAUAUUACUUUGUUGAAAAAUUUGGAAGAGGCUCGAGAGGAGUAUAAGAAACUAUACACAGAGAAGAUAAAAAUACAAGAAAAGUUAUCACGACUCCAACAAAAGGUUAAAACUAAGAAGAGCUCUCGUUCCAACCACGACACAUCAGAAGUAGAUUCUGCCAAAACUGAGUUUUUGAAGAGUGUAAGCUCUUCAUGGAGAGCAAUUGUUGAUGAAUUAAUGUGAUGGUGGCAAACUGCAAGGGCAGCAUGGCCAGAACUAUACAGGUUCCGGUUUGUUCUUGUCUUAAUUUUUAUGUUCAUUUUAGUCCUUGCAGUUUUUGUUGUAUCCGUUUUUAUUCUGGCCCACUUUUUUUACCUCUUUGUAGCUGUUUUUAUGCGGUAUGUCCAAGACGAAUCAUCAAUGUGGCAUCCAUGUGACACUAUCUUACCUUCUCGUGAUGGGUUUCCUGUAUACAUAAAGCAGCUACAUUUCUGUAUUGAAGCUAAGUUGCCUGGUUCUUCAUGGCUUAAUAAAGUUGAUAUUUAAUUAAUUUCUGGCUUUAUACAUAGCAUUAGAAGUUGUUAUAUAUUUCAGCAUUAGUUGCCUUGCAAUUGUUUGUUAUUUUAUUCAGUUAAUUACUGUAUCUCUAAUCUCUAACACUGUUAAUCAUAUAAUUUUGUUAACACUGAAGCAAUGCUGAGGCAUGCUCCAUUUACUUUCUCUUUACUGACAUACAGUGUAGUUUCUUCAUAAUGUCUAUUGCUUAGAUGUCCGUUAGCGAAGGAUAUCCUAGUGUAAUGCUCCAGUCUCCUGAAUGUUCCAUUUGGAUUAUUAUCAUUAUAAUAUAUAGUAUCCUCUAAUAGGUUGAUUCUCGGUGUUACUAAUGCACAAAUGAACAGUAGAUUCUUGGCAGCACCUGUAAUCUCUCUAAUUUCUCUGUUGAUGUUUUGUUGUUGGGUAUGAAAGGAAGGAAGAGAAAAGUGUUAUGUAGUUUGACUCAACCAAAUGAAAAAAUUAAACAAUUAAAUAAUACUUUAAUAUAUCCUCACAAAACCGUCACAUGAGCUUUGAAAUCUUCCAUUAGUAAAUUACAGGUCUAUAAAAAUAAAACAUCACAAUACUGGUCACAUACUAAAAUUCCUAGUACAGUACCACAAUAUCUGUUGAUAAACAAACUAAUUUGGACCGUCUUAAUACUCUCCUUUCUUCAGACUCCUAUUAUAAUUAUAAAUACAUACAUAAAUAUAUUAUUAUUUACGUUACAAAGAUGUAAUAAUUGUUUUCACUUGCACAUUGUUCAGAUUAUUAGAUGUACAUGAUUAUGUGAAGAAAUAAAUUCAACACCUUCUGA